AUAGGAAAAAAAAACUGAAAAAAAAUAAAAAUUUGCAAAAAUAAUGUAUCACUAAACUACUGUCAUAAAAUUUAUAGUUUUGUAUAUACAUAACUCCUGAAUAAAAAUUAAAAUGUGUUUGCACUGAUUUAAAAAAAAAAAAGUUUUGAACAAAUUUGAUUGGUUUGUCGAUAGUGAGCGCAAAUGCAGGUGAUGCGGUUUUAUUUAGCGAGUCAUUGAGUCGUUCAUUUUAAACGAUUCGUUCAAACGGCCGAUUCAUCCAGAAUGAGACAGAUGUUUGUGAAUGGGUCAUUGAAUCUUUGACUCAAACGAUUUGUUCAAAACACUGAAUCAUUCAAAACACGAUUGAGAGUGUUUCUGUGAGAUGCCCUAUGUUGUGAUCUUUGUAUGGAUUCAUCGGAUCUAUUUUCGCUGCUAAAAUAGACCAAAACAGUCAAUAUUUCGUCUAAAAUGUAAGUGACUUAAUAUUAUUAACUUGUUUGUUGAACUGUCAUAUCAGUGUCACAUUUUCAAUCGCGAGGUGAUGGUAAAUUAAGUGAUGGUCAAUUGUCAGCUCUCUUGGUCGUCUGGUCGUGUGAUGUAUGUUGCUGAACUGUAUUCAAAUGUUAGAAAUAUAAAAACACCACAUUUUGAAAUUUAACUGCAGUAUGUCAAUUUAGUUUACUUGUGUGUGCUGCGCUCAUAGACUUUAGAAAACGGCGCUCAUUUGUUUGAUUUCUCCUCGAGAAGCUGCGCAAGCCUCAAAAGUUUAAGGUCCUUGCACCCUGAGUCCGAAAUUGUCGUAUUCGUUUUUUCAUAUUCGUCAUUUGGUGGCUGUCAAUGGUCAAAAAACGCUACGGAUGCGAAAAAUGCAGAAAAUCGAAACAUCCGAAUUAAUUUUUAUGACGGACGGAGGUUUCAGAGGCUGCAAACGUGAGGUCGUAUUUUUUUUUAUAUAUAUAUAUAUGAACGAAUAAACUAGUCAGAAUAUAGGCUACAGCUUUCCUUUGGUUUUUGGGAAUCCUCACACGCACGCAACCACGCACACACAAACAUGUUUAAAUACAUUUAUGUUGUUAAUAAAUAAAUAACAAUAAAUUGUUGUAACAGCAAUAUCUCCAAGUCUUGUUUCUCACUGUAAAAAUGUCAUGAUUUGCCAAUGCAAUGAGAGAACCGCGACUUUUACUGAUGUUUUUGGAGACUUUUGUGGUGUUUGGAGACUCGAAAGCAUGAAUCACUCUGCAGUUAGGCCUACUGUGCUCAACGAGCAGCGGGUGCUGCCGUGAGCCCCUCUCCCGUCCAAAAGCACUCACAGGCGGUCUCAGUAGCCUCGCGCAGCAGUCCCAGCCUGCAGUCAGAGCAGAGAGCAGACACACACAUCCCUCCGCGUCCAGGCUGCAAAUGAAUCACGCAUGCGCAUGGCCGCCGCUGUUCCCGCCCUGGCUUACAGAGCGGGGUGCAAAUGUAAAUGUUCACUCACUCUCAUAAAAAAUAAAUAAAUCACUGCAUUUAAAUUGACUCACGACAUAGCUCUCCAUUCACUCUAGUCUUGUCUCUUGCCAAGUUCGCUUGUGCCAGCUCUCGCUCUGUUAUCAAUCUCGAAUUACAUAGGCCUUUACUACAGAACCCCAACAGUCUUUUUAAAGACUAAACCCACAAACAUUCUUUUUAAAGAUUAUAUCAAAUCUCAGCCCUAGCCAGUAAUUUUUUUAGCUACACUUAGCUAAAACUACCCACGCGACUAAGACACACACUCACUCACACACACACACACACACACACACACACACACACACACACAUACACGAGGACUACAAUCAUUUAGUAUUAAAAUAAAAUCUGAAUUGUCUGCAAAAUAAUUAUUUUGUUAAUUAAAGAUCGUGCCUAAGUCCUGACUGAUUAGCCCCUGAUACAUCUCUCAACAUAGCCACACACACAGUUACAUAUUGCCUAAACUUUAUUGAAAACACAUAACAAAAAUGGAGAAAUUUCUUGUGAGGACCAACAAGCCAACCGACGCACCACCAGCUGCAAAAAAGCUUCGAAGGUACGAUGAAGCAUACCUGCAGUUUGGGUUUACAGUCACGGCUGAUCUGAGACCUCAGUGUGUCGUGUGUGCCGAGGUGCUGGCUAACGACAGUAUGAAGCCCUGCAAAUUAAAAAGGCACCUCGAAACAAAGCAUGCUGGCAUUAAAAAUAAACCGGCUGAAUAUUUUAAAAGAAAGCUUGAUGGCCUCCAUCAGCAACAGGCAACCAUUUCAGUGCACAGCACUGUGUCUAAACAGUGUUUGGAGGCAUCGUAUGUAGUGGCCAAAAGAAUUGGUAAACUGGGUAAACCGCAUACAAUCGCCGAGACUCUCAUUUUGCCGGCAGCGCAAGACGUGUGCAGAAUAAUGAUAGGUGAUAGUGCAGCAGCCAAACUUGGUGCAAUACCCCUGUCCAAUGACACAGUCGCUAGGAGAAUUGUAGACAUGUCCAAUGAUAUCAGAGAGCAACUGAUAGAGUUUGUAAAAAAGAGUCCUUACUACGCGCUGCAGCUGGACGAAUCCACUGAUAUUGCUGGGCAGGCACAGCUCCUCACUUAUGUCAGGUAUCUGCGGGACAAGGCGAUUGAGGAGGAUGUCCUGUUUUGCCGGCCUCUUCAGUCACACACUACAGGAGAAGCCAUUUUCAAUGUCCUUGAUAUUUUUAUCCGUGAAAAUGGUUUGGCUUGGGACCGAUGCGUUGGCCUAUGCACGGAUGGUGCGCAGGUAAUGACGGGCGUGAGCGUGGCCUAGCUGCUCGCGUUCAGCAAGUAGCUCCACUUGUGAAAUGGACACAUUGCAUGGUCCAUCGCGAAGCACUAGCUGCUAAAAAAAUGCCAGUUCUCUUUGACUCCGUGCUGAACCAGUCCGUGAAAAUGAUAAAUCUAAUCAAAUCACGGCCGCUAAACUCUCGUUUGUUUGGGGUCCUCUGCCAGGAGAUGGGGUCAGGGCACGAACAGCUGCUUCUGCACACUGAAGUUCGCU